CGAAAAUCGGCAGCAAAUAUUUUUGUGUUUAUAUAUGUAAUAUAUAUACAUAUGAUUUUUUUUAAGCUCUAUAUUAAAAUUAGCUAUAGGAUUCUUUGUCAAGAAAAAAAAUAAAAUUAGCUAUAGGAUUCCUCGCUAAGUGUCAUACUUUGAUACUUGUACAUAGCCAUUUUCUUCCACUUUCUGCAAUUGAUUUCCGACAGUUACCGUGCAAGCACAUGCUUCUUGACAAACAGUCUUUGGCUGCACCGCUGUCACCGGGGUCCUCCUUAAAAUUGCUUAUUCUCAGUUGUGUGCUCUUUCAUGUUGGUUAUUAUCUUCUGGGCAUUCCCGGCCCUUGCUCUUCUUGGCACACUGUAAUUUGGGUUUUUCUUAAAAUUGCUUGUGAUCACUUGGGUUAAGUCCCAAUUUGAUUUAUUCUGCUUUGGUUAUUCUUUGAAUCCACUGGGUCCUGCUCAAGGCUGCUUAUCCUCACUUGAGUUCUGCUCGAAUUUGUUGUUUUCCUAUGGAUUCUGCCUGGGUUUGAUUUUUAAGCUUGCAUUCUCCGUGGGAUUGAUUAUUCCCACUUAGGUUCUUUCCUUGCAGAUCCUUUCAGCUACAUUCCGAUCAUCUCUGGCAACCCAAAGCGCCGUGUUCUCAGUUUUGUUAUUGGGGGGUCUUGACUUUGCCAUUGAUCUGCUCUAACUUGCAGGAAUUUUAAGGAUUGGAUCUAUAUUCUUCUGUUUCAAUUCAGGGUCAAUACUCAGGCGCAGCAUAUGAAGAGAUUUGUCUUUCAACUUUUGCUACUGGUCCACAGCUGCAUUGCUGAAGCUGGGUUGGAAUUUUUCCAUGGAAGACAUGAAGCUUUCAGGGAGCAUAAUACCUUUGAUACUCGCUUGCAGCAGCAACAGCAGAGGGAAUGCAAAGAGACCAGAGCAAUGCCAUUAAGGCCUCAUAGUGUGACUAUUACCGAAUUUGGUGCGGUAGGAGAUGGAGUUACUGUUAAUACUCAUGCCUUUCAGAAUGCCAUCUUCUACAUUCACACAUUUGCUGAUAAAGGGGGGGCACAACUUUUUGUGCCUGAAGGAAAAUGGUUGACUGGAAGCUUUAACUUGACAAGUCACCUCACACUGUACUUGGAUGCAAAGGCUGUAAUCCUUGGAUCCCAGGACUCUGAAGAUUGGCCAGUCAUUGAUCCCCUGCCUUCAUAUGGUCGAGGCAGGGAGUUACCAGGUGGAAGGCACUGCAGUCUAAUUCAUGGGUCCAACUUGACAGACGUUGUUAUAACAGGGGACAAUGGAACUAUUGAUGGUCAAGGAGCUAUUUGGUGGCAUUGGUUUCGUAAUCAUACUCUAGAUUACACCCGCCCACACCUUGUUGAGCUGAUAGAUUCGACAGACAUUAUUGUUGCAAAUUUGACAUUCUUGAAUUCGCCAUUUUGGACCAUCCAUCCAGUAUACUGCAGCAAUGUGCGAAUUAGGAAUCUUACAAUCCUUGCUCCACUCGAUUCACCCAACACAGAUGGCAUUGAUCCAGAUUCAUGCUCAGAUGUCUGCAUUGAGGACUGUUACAUCAGCUGUGGUGAUGAUGUAAUUUCUAUUAAAAGUGGUUGGGAUGAAUAUGGCAUCGCUUAUGGACGCCCUAGCUCAAACAUUAUCAUCCGGCGCAUAAUUGGUGAAUCGCACACAAGUUCUGGUAUCGCUCUAGGUAGUGAAAUGUCAGGAGGUAUCAAAGGCAUCCAUGUUCAAGAUCUUUACAUCUUCAACACAAGAAGGGGCCUCAGAAUUAAGACAACCCCGGGUCGAGGUGGUUAUGUGAAGGAUGUCUACAUAACGAAUGUCACCAUGAAGAGUGUGAGGGUAGGUAUUUGCUUCACAGGGUUGUAUGGUGACCAUCCUGACAAUGGAUAUGAUCCAUCUGCUUUACCAGACAUAGAAAGGAUUACAUUUACAGGCAUUGUGGGUGACAAUAUUACAACUGCAGGUUCUUUAGAAGGCAACGAACGGAUUCAAUUCAAAGAUAUCUGCCUAUCCAAUAUUGUUUUCAAUGUUACUUCUCAACCUUUCUGGAACUGCACUAAUGUUAAAGGAUUCUCGGAUUCAGUGUCACCUGAGCCAUGUACAGAACUUCAGGAACCAAUCCCUCCCUACUCCUCAGUUUGUUAUUCUUCUUAUAUCAGUGGCACAUGUAAAGAUCAUUAGUAUAAAGCCAGUUUCUGAUUUUAUUUGUAUCUGAUUUAUCCUUUAUUGGCGGUAGGUUGAUUAAGGGAUCCCAUGAUUCAUGCAUUUUUGCAGAGCUUUUUGUACCAUGGUCAGUCAAGCGGCAGUUUGUAUCAGUCACAAUAAUCUUGUUAUCAUCUGAUUCUCACCAUUGUCUACAUAAUAAUCUCCAUUGAAUCUCUCGCAUUUUCAACAGUGAGUAUUCGUCUUUUUUUUAGUGUAGUCCCUGCUCUACGAAGAUGAAUGCUUGUAUCCUUGUCUAAUUUCUACUCUAUAGGAAAUUAUCUGUUAGGUCUAUAGCUAGCAGCUGAUGGAUGUACAGCUUUGGCAUUUGAUUUUCCUGUUGGAGCUUGCUAUAACUAGCUGAUUUUUGUUCCUACUAUUGAAGGUAAAGGGAAUUUCAAAUGUUCACAUUUCAUACU